AUGUCAUUUUGGUGUGUGGUUUAUUCCUAUUAACCGAUUUUUAAUGGGUUUUGCGUGUGUAACGUGUGUGAUUGUGAUGCGUUCAUGAAACAGAAAAGAACAACUGUUGAUCGUCUGCUAGGCACUUGUGGGAUUCCAUUUUUCCAGUGCACAAACGAGUAAAAACACUGAACAAUUUGCCAGCACUAUCGAGGUUUGAUGCUGAAUUGUUUUGAAAAAUACAGUGUAGUGUCGGGUCAUAAGAUAUUUGGAUAUGGUGGAUUUUUGGACGUAAAUUUGCCAUUGAUUUAUUGUUAUCUCCCGGGCUAGUUCACUUCUAUCUCGGCUCGUAAUGGACCAAUUUGCAUCAGUGGUUGCGUAUUGAAUGAAUCGAGUCUAGUUCCGGAUUGAUCAACAGAGCAUUCAUCAUUGAUCAAGUGUUGUGAUUACAGAUACACUUACAUUACCAGUACAGUGAUUUUUCUAGUAUAAACAUGCAUGUUUAGAAUCCGUUUAGCUCAUUCGAUACAUGUCAGUUUUGCAGGAGCAUAUGUGUGUGGGAGUAUUAUUAAGUCAUUAACAUAUGUACAUUGUUUACAUGUAGGUCAACUGCUUUCAGCAUAUACAAUUUCUUGCAGACUGUUUGUUUUAUCAUGAACUGAUGAACCAGGAGCAUUUGUAAUCGUUGAAUGAAAUACUCUGAUAUCCAUGAUAGUGAACCAAGAUUAUUGGUGCUAUAUGCAAGUAUUAUCAGGCUGAAUUGACAGAAAGCCAGCAAUACAUACUAUAUAUCAAAUUGUGGAAGGAUCUGAAAUUUUUGGUAAAUUGAAAGUGAACAGUGUUAACAUUUAAAAAAAAUUGUGGUUGUAAGUAUUUUCCAGAAUAAAAAAACAACAACCAGUAAUUUAACACAAUGGAUGAUUCCGAUUCACAGCGGAAGCAGGGCACGAGAGUAUUCAAGAAGUCGAGCCCGAAUGGCAAGGUGACAGUUUACCUCGGCAAGCGAGAUUUUAUCGACCACCUGACACAUAUUGACCCAAUCGAUGGGGUAGUCUUAGUGGACCCGGAGUACCUGAAGGAGCGGAAAGUCUACGCCCACGUGCUAGCAGCAUUCCGAUAUGGCCGGGAGGAUUUGGACGUUCUUGGGCUCACGUUCCGAAAGGAUCUGUUUUUAGCAUCGUUGCAGGUUUAUCCUCCAGUCAAAGAGCAGCAGAAGCCACCCACGCGGCUGCAGGAACGAUUGAUUAAAAAGCUUGGGCCAAAUGCUUAUCCCUUUUUCUUUGAGUUGCCUCCAAAUGCGCCCGCCUCAGUGACACUUCAGCCGGCACCUGGUGACACAGGAAAGCCAUGCGGAGUGGACUACGAGUUAAAAACAUACGUGGCGGAGAACUUGGAUGAAAAACCUCACAAAAGGAAUUCCAUCCGUCUAGCAAUCAGGAAAUUGACGUACGCACCUGAGGAACCUGCACCCCAGCCAUGCGCAGAAACGUCGAAAGAUUUCAUGAUGAGCCCCGGCAAUAUCAAGCUGGAAGCCACUCUGGAUAAGGAGAAAUAUUACCAUGGUGAAAGUAUAGCCAUCAACGUCCUCGUAGACAACAAUACAUCUAAAACAGUAAAAAAAGUCAAAUUAUCAGUUCGACAGUUUGCAGACAUAUGUUUGUUUUCUACGGCCCAGUAUAAAUGUACAGUCGCAGAAUUGGAAAGCGAGGAAGGGUUUCCGAUCCAGCCAAGCCAGACAGGUUUCUGUAAGGUGUUUCAUUUGACGCCUCUACUCUCAAACAACCGGGACAAGCGCGGCCUCGCUCUCGACGGGAAACUGAAACAUGAGGAUACAAACCUCGCAUCAUCCACAAUUGUCCAGGACAACGUUCAGAAGGAGAAUUUGGGUAUUGUGGUCUCAUACAAGGUGAAGGUCAGACUUAUCCUGGGAUUCGGGUCUGGGGACCUAUCUGUUGAGUUGCCGUUCACCUUGACACACCCGAAGCCUCAAGAGAGUCCCCCACCAUCACGGUCUCUCUCCAUCAGCAAGCCCUCUGGGGAGGGCUCCGACCAGCCUGUCGAUACAAACCUCAUACAGCUUGAUACAAACGAGGAGGGUUAUGAGUAUCGUGACGAUGACUUUAUCUUCGAAGACUUUGCCCGACUACGUCUCAAAGGUCAUGACGGGGACGAUACAGAAGCAUAGGUCAAAAGGUUACUGAAUGUUUGACCUUUGUUGACCUACUUUAUGUUUUAACCUUGAUUAUGAAGAUUAAUUAGGUCAAAAGGUCAAAGGUCAUUGUCAAGGUGAUGAAAGGCAUUCAAGGGCAAUGAUUAUAUAGACAUUGUUAUGUUAACAGUUGGUUCAACAUUACUGCCCAUCAAGUAUGAUAUUUAGCUAAGUUUAUAACAAAAACGUCAUAACAAAAACAUCAUUUUGUUGUCAUAGCAAUGGUUGCUAGGCAGGGUCCUAGGUCAUCUCUAUAAUAUGUAAAUGUUUUAUCCCAAGUAUUGUUGAUAUUUUGAUGUUAUGUAUAUCAAUAUUUUACAAGCAAUCUUUCAUUGUAAUCACAUUUUAUCAAGAGCGCUUUUUAUAUGUGAAUUAACUCCAUUUUCAAAGUUUGAAUGCUAUUACCUCUUUUUAGUGUUUUAUAAUGUGUGUACAUGUAUGUUGUAACAUGACGUUAAAUGUUGAUAAUUAUGUUACUGAUUAGUGACCAUUUGGAUUGGAUGUUCGUGUUUGUUGUCUAACGUUUUACAAUCUUAAAGAAAGAUGCAAGUGAUAUCUCACUAAAGUUUUAUUCAUGAACGAUAAAGAUUCAUCAAAAACUAAAUUUAAGUAUGAUUUUUUUUUUAAUCAUUUUUAAUCCAAGGUUUAUACUAUAUUUCUUGCUUUGACUGCUGCACUCUCACAGAUUGACCAUUUUGACUUUUUUAUUUUUUUAAUUGAAAUUAGACAAUUUUUGCAUAAAUGUCUAGAAACCAGUGAUACAAGACUGUUGACAAAAAAAAAAUCAGUUUUUCAACUUUGCGUUCAAGAAUUUAUGUUUUAUAGCGAAAAGUGUUACUAACCCUAUAAGAAAAAUGAUUUUUUCCGCAGUUUCCUAAACUAUUGAGAUCUGUUUUAUUGUGUGUUAUCCUAUAUGACUGAAUUGAAGGCAUUUAUACCAAAACUAGUCGAUUCUGAGACAAAAUCUAAAAACCUGUCAAUCUGUGAGAGUGCAGCUUUAAAGGCAAAUGUUCUAGAGAUGGUUUUCCUUCCAUAUCUGAUGAAACCUUUGUACACAGAUUUUUUACUUUGAAAUGCACCUUUAAAGGUCCAUGUACUGAAUGGCACAAUUCCAGAGGCCCCAAUGACAUUUCUAUACUGAGUUUAAAUUAAACUAUUAAUUGAGUAAUGAAAUGAAUAUGGAUUAAACAACUCUCAGGGCCUCAUAAGUGAGGGAAUGGGGAAAAAAAGAAAUUAACGGAAUCCUCAUUAACAUUCCUAUAAUGAUUUUAAAGUGAGUGAAUGGAAAAAUGCAGCUAAUCUAUGCGGUUGUCCUAAUUUCUUGUAACAAAAUGGAAUAUUUUCCUUUUAGGAGGUAAACAAAUCCUAUAUAAGUGAAUAAGAGUUCCUCGAAGAUAUUUGGAGAAAUCUUUCCUUUUUUCCUUAAAAAUAGUCUAAUCUGAAUGAAAAGAUGAUUAUUUUUUUACAUAAAUGGAUAAAAUGGAUACAAUCAUUACCAACUUGGAAAUGAUUUGAUUAUCAUGAGGGUCAUGUGAAUUAAGAUCUCAUUACCAGAAUGAUGGCCCACACUAUUUUCCUUUUUAUAAUCUGGUCAUUGUAAUGCUAUUUUAUCUAAAUAGGACAUACCGUUGAAAUUUAAAUUCCGAAAUUCUGAAAUAGCUAUCAUAAUAUAACGAAAAAAAUUGUUCUUUACUGUUUCCCAAUCUGCCGAAAAAAAUUCAGCCCAACCCUUAUUCUUUCUUUGCCAGCAGACAAACUCUCUCAGACCAUCAAUUUUGUCCCUGCCCUUUUUUGUGAUAAAUCAUUGGUAGUUUAAUUCAUGGGAAAAUUGGGAAAUUAUACCCUGAUAAAAUGGCAAGGGUCUCAGUGUGUAAAUUAUUCUAAGCCAUAACUUCAUGAAGUAUAACAUUAAAAAAAUAUCACAAAAAAAAUGAUCCAAUGCUUUUAGCAAUAAAAUUAGCAAACAAAUUUUAAUGUUUUGGGCCUAAGGUUUGGUAUGAUUUUUCCAUCGCUUGUAUGUUUUAUGACUUGACAUUAUUUCAUAUCAGCAAAAAGCGUCGAGGAAGCACGAUUAAGGCAACACCAGAGAAUGAAGAAAACGAAGAAAAUUCAGGAAAUGUUUUCAUUGGAUAGAAUUUCCCUCGUGUGAAAUCACUUGCUUUGCUUGGACAGCACUGCCAUGCUUUUACAUCUUCGAUAAUUAUGUUCACACAGACAUGUAUUUAAUCUUCUGUAUAUAUAGUCUAAUAGGCUAGGAAAAAAUAAAUAUAGUUUAUUUCUGCCACUGUGGAGGCAACUGUGAACAUAAAUUUAUUAUGUUAUCAUUGUAUUGUAUUUGAUAAUGGUACAAAUACGUAUGUGACCAGGUUUUGUACAGAACUUACAGUUAAAGCAAUUGGAUUAUUUUUAUUUAAUUGCAAUCUCAGAAUAAGGUGAAUGAUGUAUGAUUAGUGUAAUUUAAUAAUUAUUUUUUUAAAGGUUCGGAAAAAAAUGGUAUGAAUAAUUUACCUUUUACUUCUGUAUUGUCAACUAAUGCUCUUCAAUUUGGAGGGAAUAAAGAUAUCAGUCUUGCUCUCCAAUUUGGAGGAGUAAAAAAUAUCAGUUUUGCUCUCAAAUUUGGAGGAAUAAUUUUUUUUUAAUCUUGCUCUUUAAUUUGGAGGAAUAAAAGUAAUACUUUUUAAGUAACACCAUUUGAAUAUUUUGAUUUAUUUCAUUUUCAAAAUUAAUGAUAUUUAACAGCUGUGUGAGCUGGUUAGUGGACAUAAGAAAAAAUAAGAGAUAUGUAUGCUUCUGAAAUAACAAAACAUCCAUAUUUCCAUAUUAUAAAUUCAUGACAUGUUGUUGUUUUUUAAGUCAAUAAAUAUAGUGUAUCUUCAUCGUUAUACAUUGUAUAUUUGAUCAAAUUAUGUGUAUGUGAAUAAAUGUUUAUUUAUGUAUUAUGUGCUGGAACAGAAUGAAUGAGCUAUCUUCUGUUAAUGAAUACUUGUAUAAGUUUCAUGAUAAAAAUAAAUGGACAGAUUCUGGAUGGAUUUGCACACUUGCCUCUUUAAACCAAAAGUGGCUGAGAAAUGCCAAAGCUGUCCCUUUCAAUUACAUGUACUUUUAAGGAAAAACUAAGGUUUUGACCUUUCAAAAUUUGCUGGUUUCAGGCGCUGCCUUAUACAGUGUGUUUAUACCACGUGCUACGUCGGAAGGCAAUGUUUUGCUUCGAAUGAAGACUUAAAACAAAAAUAACUUCACUAUUUCUUCACCAUUUUAGAUGAAACAUAGGGCAGUCUACGCCUCUUACAUAGCACUGCCUUCGGUUUUUAUCAGAGUUUGAUCGAGAGUUUAGUUUCUUCAAACACUUCGAAAAAUUCACAAUACAGUCGUCUGAUAGACAGAGCACUGUCAAAACAUCAUAUUUGAAACAGGUUUGUUGAAGUGUAAAAUAAUCACUUAAUCAAACUUCAGUAAUAAAACAAAGCCGGGGCUCUUUAAGUGGCAUAGACUGCCCAUUGUUUUAUUUAAAUUGAUGCAGUAAAAGAAAAGUUAUCUUUGUUUUAAGUCUAUAUUUUAUGCAAAAUGUUGCCUUCCCAUGUAGUAUAUAUGACGUAAUUUAUGACGUGGUAUACACACACUAUUAUACAUAUAACUCUGACCAAGACCGCCAUGUAGAAUUUAGAUAAUAAUGACAUUUUAGUAUAAAAAAUAAAUUUAUCAGAAACUCACCUCAGCUGUUGAAUUUUGUAUUCCUGUCUUUUGUGAAUUAAUGCAUAAAUGAAGAAAUUUGACAUGUAUGUAAACUUCACAUCUAUUGUGACCCCAAAGCGUAAUUCUGGUGCUUUUAAUUUAUUGUUCUUGUCAUUGUUGUGUAGUUUUGUAAACAGAUCUGUGUAAAUAUACAUUUUGUAUACAUUUGUUCUCACUCUUCGUUAAAAUGUUGAAAUUUUUGUUGUAAUUAUACUUUUUCUUACAUUUUGAUAACAAUAAUGAAUCAGAUCAUUCAUCCUAUAAUAGUCUAAGGAAAGAUGGACAAACGGUCAGAGGGAUGAUCCCAAUCUUUGAAAUUUAGUUUGCAUAUGAGAUUCUAACCCAAAGCAGGCUUGUAUACCUGUUGAAACGUUUUUCAAAGCCAUGUAUAACCAUUUCAAGGUAUUUCUUACUAUUGAUAAUGCAAUAGUCCAGCGAAAAAACCCAUCUUAUCAUCUGUACGACAGACUGAAAUUGAAAUCUCUUGAUCAUGUAAUCAGGAUUAAUUUUGAAUGUUAUCAUCCUUGAUUGUUAAAUUUUUAAUUUUGAUCAGAUUUACAUGAGCUAGUCAUUCAAAGUCAUGUUAGAGUGACAUUGCAUAAUUUAAAGGAAUGGCAUGACUUUGAAAGGAACAGUUAAAUGCCUUAACAGACAUUUAUGGGCUUGUAUUCUUACAACAGAAAUAGUGUGCUAGUGCUUUACAAUAAUCGUAGUUGUUGAUCAAUUAUGAGAGUUUGAAGAGAUUUAAAGUGCGUCUGUUCGAUUUUUUUUUUAAGAAAAAAAGCUGAGGUAUUCUCAUAGCCCUGGUAUCUGUUAGAAUUGUUGUUGGCAUCAGCAAAAUAAUCAGCUUUUGGCAUAACUUAAAAAACAUUCAAAAUAUUUCAAAUGAAAAUUUGUAAUUAUGCUGCCAUAGAAAAUAUACAUUUGUAAAACAAGGCUCAUUACUCUUAAUUUAAAAAUUGUUGAGUUAUAUCCCUUCUUUGAUUGAAAAAGCAUCAACAGACAAGUUUUGGGGCUCCAUGCGUUGCUCUAGUUUACCAAACUAACGUUUUGAGUUUUAAGACUGUUUCUCAGAGCUGACUCAAUAACUAUUGUGAACCACUGUUACUGUUGGAAUUGAUUUUGAUUGUAUAUCAUUUUGCUUUGUUAUCUCAUAAAUAUUAUUUAGGGACUUCUUUUAAAUUGUGUUUAUAAUUACAUGUAUGUAUUUCGCUCUUUUUAACAUAACGAGCAACAGAAUUGACUGGUACAAAACUGCGGGUAUAUUUUAUUUUUAGCAAUAUAUUUUCUAGAGAAUAUUUGGUGCGUACUUGUAACUAAGGAAGAAGUAUUUAUCAUAUCAUUUGCCAAAAUAUUUUUUGGAAAUGCGUUAGUAUUAUGAAGAACGAUGAUUGAUCUUUUAAAGAAUAGUUAAAAAGAAGUCUCUUUCCUGUAUGAAAGAAAACAUGAGAUAUUGAUCAUUUUGAAAUAACAAAAAUUACUACCAAGUGAUAUUCUUAUAUGAAGAAAAAUGAUAUUAUUCUACUCAAAUUUUGCUUAAGAUUACCUGCAGAUCUGAAACUAACGUUAUCCUCAUAAAGUAAUCACUUUUUGGGAGUAAUUUCGGCUAUUGAAACUAUUAAAAUACUGGCUACUAUACUAUAUUAAAUGUCUUAUUCUGACUUUAGAUUAUAGACUGUUUGGACUUAUGUGUUUCUUUUGUAAAGAAUAACAUGAUAAGGAUCUGAAGAAAUUUUACUACAAUCUUUUCUAUGUGAGUAUCAUUGGAUGAUCCCAAGGACCACAACUAAGAUACAUGAAAUAGUUAAAAAACUUUUUGGUUUACCUUAUUUUCAGUGCCAUUUGGUCCUGUAUGACAAAUAUAACAAGAAGCCCAAGGGGGCCUAUGCUCUACUGGCAUGAAUUUUUAUUGGUAUUUUUUUUAUCCAAAGCAUAGUAAUAGACAAUAUACUGAACCCACAUUCAAAGGGGAGCCAUCAGUGUUACACAUGUUUAACAAAGGGAGAUAAACACUAUGAUUAUUCACAACUUCAUACUAACGUUUUUCACAUACAGACCAUCAAGUGUGGAAAUGAUUGUCUAAUGAAGCUCAGUUUCUUAAAAAAGAUGAAUAUUAUCUUACCAAAAUAGUUGCAGGUGAUACGUGGCAAAAUUUGAAUAGUAUAUUAACAAUUCUUUGUUAGAUUUUUUCUAUGUUUAGAGGUGCUAAUUUAGUUUUCUCUUCUUUUAUAUUUUCUGUACUAAUAUUCAAUAUAAAAUGAGUACGCGAAAAAGUAAAAUACCAGCUUUUUACACAAAAUAAUUUAUGUAUAACAGGCUAUUUGAAAAAAAUAUGACUAACAAUAUUACAAAGUUUUAAGAAGUUUCGAAUUGAUGUAAUGGCUUGCUUAGUUCCACUAUUCUAUCAAAAUUUUAAGCACACAGGCUUAUUAAAAUAGUUCAGAUAUGAUUGUAUUUUAUAAUAAAAAAAAUGCUGCUUUUAUCACAUAAAGACAUAUUGCAGACUGCAAUGUAAUUUGCCGGCUUGUAUGUCAACUUAAUACUUGCCAACACAUGCUAGUAUGUCCGUUUAUAUUAAUUUUCCUCAUGUUAUUCUUCAAAUUAUUUAGCCCUUCAUACAUAUUCAACAUGUAUAUCAAAUAACUCGUGUAUAUUUAUUUGUUAUAUAUAUCUGUUAUCAUCUGAAAAGCUUUAAUUUCGAUUACGUCUGGUGACUAUAGUGUGUUAGAUCACAUUCUCUCAUAUAAAUAAAAUGUGCAAGAAA